AUGGCUUCUGCGAACUGGUGGCAAUACGAAGCUCCUAAUUUCGUAACGCUCGAGAUCUUCUUCGAGACCCAUGAUGACUUUCCGGGACCUAGAUGUGGCCACACUCUCACGGCGCUUAACGGUUGCCUAAUCCUCUUCGGCGGUACCACUGCCGCCGAGAGCGAUGGCACCUCGAUGCCCGAGCUCCGUCUACAAAGUGUUACCAACUCGGUGCAUCGUUUCGAUGUUUUCUCCCAGACGUGGACAAGGGUUUUUCCGGAUGGUGAGCCACCGUCUCCGAGGGCUCUUCAUGCAGCGGCUUCAAAUGGCACCACCAUGCUCGCUAUUCAGGGUGGGCUUGGUCGAGACGGGCCUUGUUCAGGAGAGCUCUACAUUCUUGAAAUGAACUUCAACAAUGAGUUCAGGUGGCAAAGACUGGAUGUUCAAGGGUUGAAUCCAGGCCCUCGCUUUGGCCAUGCUAUGAGUUUCGCUUAUCACAGGGUUAUCAUUUUCGGCGGCAAAAGGGAACACAUGCUUCUGGGCGAUACAUGGGCAUUUGAUACGACUUGGAGACCAGCUGUGUGGGAAAGAUUGUACCCAUAUGGCUCUGGGCCAAUUCCGAGAAUGUAUUCGUCUGCUAGUACUCGAGAUGAUAAUAUUUUUAUGCUCUGCGGCGGAAGAGACUGCAAUGGGAGUCCACUGGGAGAUGCUUUUGGGCUGGAAUUCCGUAGGGAUGAUGGUCGUUGGGUGUGGAUUCCUGUUGCAGGAGUAGAUGCUACCUGUAGAUUUCAACAUUCAGCGGUUUUUGUAGGUCCAAGACUACAUGUGGUUGGGGGUGUGUUGAGUCCGACUCGCCUAAUCGAUGCUGAGGCAGCUGCUGUAGUGCUUAAUACAACUAAUGGUGAAUGGUUGGGUGGCUAUCCACAAUAUCUUGUGCAACGUUAUGGCCAUGCUUCUGCAUCCUAUGCCGGCCUCGUAUAUGUGCAUGGGGGACUGCGAGAAGGUGAGUUUCUGUGCGAUUUGCUAGUUUCUGACGAUGGUAUAAUACCCCAGCUUGUACCUUCUCAAGGACCUCAACCAGCAAUCCAACCCUUUGUGCUGAGGAGGAUGAGCAGAAGCUUGAGCGAAAGUACAAUGGAUAGAUUGGCAAACUUACAUAUAGGAGUUGCUCAAGUACAACAGCCAAUUGGUGUGAAUUCAAACGAGCGAAAUGUGAACCGGGGUGGCUUGGUGAGACAGCUAAGCUUGGACCGGUUUGAGGAUCCGAGGGGGCGGCUCAUGAGAUACAGUUCUCUGCCUCCGGUCACCAUAAAAGUCGUUAUUAAAGACUUGGUGCAAAAGGUCAUUUCGACUCUUUUGAAACCUCAAAGCUGGGAACCUCCAGCCUCUAGAGAAUUCUUCCUGAGCUACGAUGAAGUGGCUGAGCUGUGUAGCGCUGCAAAAAAGAUCAUCAUACAAGAGCCAACUGUCCUGCAACUCAAUGCUCCGAUUAAAGUCUUUGGAGAUCUCCACGGACAGUUCGGAGAUCUGAUGCGGCUGUUUCACGAGUAUGGAAGUCCUUCAACAGAUAUCUCAUAUAUCGACUAUCUGUUUUUGGGAGAUUAUGUUGACCGAGGGAAACACAGCUUGGAAACCGUCGUUUUGCUGCUUGCUUUGAAGGCAAGUUAUUUAUCAAUAUUCUGGUUUUACGUCAUGACCUAUAUUUUUAUUGUUCAAUCUUCUAAGAUGCAUGUGUCUCUUGUGCAGGUUGAAUAUCCGAAGAGCAUCCACUUGAUUCGUGGAAAUCACGAGUCUUGCGAGGUGAAUUUAAACUAUGGCUUCCAAGCAGAAUGCUUAGAAAGAAUUCUGGACAGGAAAGGGUCAGGAGCAUUUUCCUUGGUGAAUGAUCUUUUCAAUCAUCUUCCGCUUGCUGCGCUCAUCCAGAAGAAGAUUUUCUGUGUGCACGGUGGGAUUGGUUCCUCUGUACAAUCCGUGGAACAGAUUGAUAAAAUUCAGAGGCCCGUUUACAUGGGUUGCCAAUAUGAAUCGGCCAGAGUUGUUAAAGACUUAUUAUGGUCUGAUCCUACAGAGAAUGAUGGCUUCUUGGGCGUACGAGGAAAUGCCAGAGGACCCACUAUUGUCUCCUUUGGGCCUGAUGUAGUCAAGGCAUUUUGCGAGAGGAAUAAGUUAGACAUGAUCAUAAGAGCUCAUGAGUGUGUAAUGGAUGGUUUCGAAAGAUUUGCGGGAGGAAAGCUGAUUACUGUUUUUUCUGCUACAAACUACUGUGGAGCUGUUCAAAAUGCUGGAGCCAUACUGGUAAUUGGUAGAGAUUUGCUCGUUGUUCCUAAGUUGAUUCACCCUCUUCCACCUCCCAUCUCACCUGAAGACACUCCGGACAAAGCAUGGUUGGAGCUGGACAGCGAGAGGCCACCUUCUCCGGCUCGAGGGCAUCCUAAGCCAAUCUUCGAGAUAGGCUCAACUUCUUCGUAA